CCGCGCCUCCCGUAGACCAAACACCCCGCCUCCACCAUGUUUAGAAACAACUAUGACAACGAUUCGGUGACAUUCUCACCCCAAGGGCGUAUCUUCCAGGUCGAGUACGCACAGGAAGCUGUCAAGCAGGGUUCUGUCGUUGUGGGCAUCGUCAGUAAGACACAUGCGGUUCUCGCCGCGGUCAAGCGUAACGCAGAAGAGCUCUCAUCCUACCAGAAGAAGGUCAUUCCAAUCGACUCGCACUUCGGCGUUGCGCUCGCCGGCCUUGCCUCUGAUGCCCGCGUCCUCUCCAACUUCAUGAAGCAGCAAGCGCUCGCCUCCCGCCUCACCUACGACCGCGCCAUUCCGCUGUCCGAGAUCGUAUCGCGCAUCGCAGACCGUGCACAGACAAACACACAGCAGUACGGAAAGCGGCCGUACGGUGUUGGUCUGCUCAUCGCCGGCGUCGACGCGAGGGGCCCCCACCUGUUCGAGUUCCAGCCGAGCGGUGUCACACAGGAGAUGGUUGCGUGCGGUAUUGGUGCGAGGAGUCAGAUGGCCAGGACAUACCUCGAGAGGCACUUGGACGAGUUCGAGGGCGCAAGCCGGGAGGAGCUGAUCAAGCACGCGCUGAAAGCCCUGAAGGAGUCGCUUUCUCAGGAUAAGGAGCUUACUGUCGACAACACAAGCGUGGGUAUCGGAGGUCUUGGCGAGGACUUUGCGCUGCACGAGGGCCAGGACAUUGCUGAGUGGCUCUCAACAACGUUCGAGAACACUGAGGGUGGCGAGGAGGGCGCAGAGGCGAUGGAGACAGACUUGUAGACUGUCUACGAUUCCCUGGAGGCCUCCGGAUGGGCACCAUGAGGCAUGGCUGAGAGCUGAAAGCUGUCACAAAAGAGGCAGCAUAGCUAUGAAAAUACGAUGAACACGAAUCCACUGAAUACCUCCAUGACUGUUUCUAG